AAAGUUUAUGCUGUCGCGUGCGCCUCUAGAGAAGCCCCGCCCACAGGAAGCACACACACACCGAAACAGCUCGGAUCGAGCUCUGGUCUGUGGAAGAGUUGGCUCGAAACAAAACCAAGCCGGGAAGUGCCGACAGAUAACAAACAGCUCUUUGCCAUGAGGUCCUCUUCCAUCCUCCUGUUCUCCUUCCUGAUGGGAGUGUGUGAUGUUCGAGGGGCUUCAGAUUUUAGAAUUUGUGCCUUCAACCUUCAUCACUUUGGAGAGUCCAAGACCAAGAAGAGCAACGUCAUGCAUACUCUCACCAGGAUCAUCACUCGCUGUGACGUGUGCUUGCUUCAGGAAGUGAGAGACAGUAAACAAAAAGCUUUACCUCAGCUGGUUGACCACCUGAACAGGUAUGACACUGAACAUGUGUAUGAUGCUGUGGCCAGUGAGAGACUGGGCAGGUCCGACUCAUACCAGGAGCAGUAUGUCUUUGUCUACAGGACUGGAACAGUGACAGUCACCGGCCAGUAUCAGUAUCCAGAUAAUCGACCCGGAGAUGUUGAUGCUUUCGCCAGAGAGCCUUUUGUUGUCCGCUUCAAAGCACCAAACACAGUUAUAAAGGAGUUUGUCCUCAUACCACAGCACACCACUCCAGCCAACACCACUAAGGAGCUCGAUGCCCUGUAUGAUGUUUUGCAAGAUGUGAAGAGGAUGUGGAAAACUGAGGAUGUGAUGCUUCUCGGAGAUUUCAAUGCUGACUGCGGCUACCUUGCCAAGAAGAACAGGAAGAAUGUCCGACUGAUUACAGAGAAGAGCUUUUUUUGGCUCAUUCCAGAUAAGACUGACACGACUGUGCGAUCGAGCACCUCCUGCACCUACGACAGGAUUGUUGUGCAUGGGGAAAGAUUUGCCCGAGCAAUUGUGCCAUUUUCAGCCAAACCAUUUAACUUCCAAAUGGAAUACAGACUCAGAGAGGAGGAGGCACUUGAGGUGAGCGACCAUUACCCGGUGGAGGUCCUGCUGAAGGAAGUCACACACUCCUUCAGUGGUGGCACUUGCUUGGCUUUCACUGGAACAGAGGAGACUGCGAAUCAGAAAAGCUUUCAGUCAAAGUUCUUUUCUUUGUUUCUUCUCAGCCAUCUGGUCGUCCAAAUGUUAACAUGCUAGUUCAAAGAGAAACCUGCAUGGAUUUUUGUCUUGUCAGUCUGAGGACAGCUUACCUCACAAACUGAUGAGAGCUUCAUUACUCCCCAACAAGUGGAGUCCAGUUUGCAUCAGAGGAAUUCCUCCUGACAUUGGGCUCAGGGUCAGAAAGAAAAUACACAACUGUUGAUAUUUACUGGGAUGUAAUUCACCACAUUGCACAACAGUUGGUCUCCCUGUGUCUCUGUGAGAGAAAAGUCAGGUUUCUUAGUUUCCAAAACUUUUGUGGAGCUUCACAGCAGAACAACAUCCUCCUAAUAAACUGAAGAAGCUGAGGACUGGUUUAAAAUGUUAAAAAGUAAAUAAAGUAAAACACAGAAAAUGACUCCAUACAGCUUGUCCAGUAGAAUCCAAGCCUAAAGAAGCUCAGAAAACCUAAACUGAGCAAAAAAGAUGUUAUUUACACUCUUUUUUAAGCCACAAUCUUCACUGUAGUGACUAAGUUAAAAGCGUCAGCAUGCUGACAAACUAAUGCAUGUACAUGUAGUGUAGAUAACAUCUCCCAAUCAGUGUGUGAUCUCGAGGCGUCCAGAGACUUGGAUUACAGUGGACGAACCAUAUUGAGCCAGUUCAGAUCAUUUUUGGCUUGUUUUUUAAGUAUUUAUAAUCAAGUCUCCAUCUGCUCUGUUGUUUAGGAGAAAUGCUGCAACACCAGCAGCACAGCAGAUGAUGAGCUCGUGCCAGAAAAUCUUUAAUGCAAUACUGUGUUUGAAUGGUGCAAAUGGAGAAAUUCAUAGGCUGCUUCAAGUCCGGCUGUAGUCUCUGGGACAUUUCACAGCUGAGAAAAGACAGACAGAUCAGCACCUCUGGAACAGAUGUUGAUGAAUCGUUGUGAGCACAAACUGCAGCUCAUUUGUUCCUUCCACUGUGGGGAACAACAGCAUUUUAUUAACGUUCUCAAAGUGAUGUGAGGUAAAGAGGAACAGGCGGCCGUCAUGUGCUGCACAAUACUGAGCGACAUCUGCAGUCUGCAGCAAACAGUGGAAAUAACCUCAAUUAAUAAAGUAGUUCAAAGGCACCAAUGAUGAAGCUAAAGGAACACAUUCAGUAAUUCAACAGUACAAAGUGAGGAAGUGGAAAAAGAUUUGGAACCAUGAAUUACUAAUGAUGGAACAAUUGAUCAAAUCAUUGGUGAGGUGGUUCCCACUGUUGUUACAUGUUGUUGCCUUACAUACAAGCUGUGCACUGUGUAAACAAAAACUGAAAUGUUUGGAAUGUAUUCAAUAUUAAAUUUGUCAUAAACAA